GGGCUGAAACCUCCCGGCUCUCUGCAGGUUGUGCUGCUGCUGCAGCAGCUUUCUCACAUAAUUCAAAGUCAAGUGUAGUUUUAUACAAGUGGCUUCUCCGGAGCAAACAACAACUUCUGCAGCCGGACAGGAGUUCAGAUUGUCGGAUAUAAAGAGUUCCGAGGAGGCGGAACAACCCGCCUGGUCGGGAGAUAUAAGCGCUUAUUUUUUUGUGCCAUGUUUUUCUAACGUUACACGGAUUAUUUGAUGAAGCCCACACCUGCAGCCGACUGUCCAUCGUGAAGCAGGAUGAACGGAUAUGAACCUCCAGCUCUCGCCUCCGGCAUCUUCGGCUCCUACAGCUCACCCAUCAAUGGCCAUGGCUCUCGGUCUCCUGAGCCUUCCAGCAGUAAAGCCAAGUCCAGUGCCAAAGCUCUCUACGAACAAAGAAAACACUUCACCAAAAACAGCAUCAACAGCCUGACGGACACGUCGCAGUAUCAUGUGGAGCACCUGACCUCGUUUGUGUUGGACCGUAAAGACGGGAUGAUCACGGUGGACGAUGGAGUCCGGCGUCUUCGUCUCCUGGACGCUAAAGGAAAAGUCUGGACCCAGGAGAUGUUGCUGCAGGUGGAGGAGAAAACUGUCAGCCUCAUCGACGUUGAAACAAAGAACGAGUUGGAGAACUUCCCCAUCGGGACGAUCCAGCACUGCCAGGCCGUGAUGAACACCUGCGGCUACGACUCCAUCUUGGCUCUGGUGUGUAAAGAGUCGGGUCAGAGCAAACCUGACCUCCACCUGUUCCAGUGUGACGACAUCAAGGCGAAUCUGAUCCACGCAGACAUAGAAAGUGCCAUGAUCGAUGCCAAAGGAGGCAAAGUGAAGAAGAGACCAGAGGCACUCAAGAUGAUCCUGAAGAGUGACGGGGUCAUCCCACCUCCGCCCGCCGCUCCCGCCCCCGAACCACCGGCAUCGUCCAAUCAGGUGGACGUGAAGAGUCGAGUGGCCGCUUGGUCAGCGUGGACCAAUGAGCAGCAAGACUGUGAGAAGCAGAGACACCUCUCAGAGGAGGACGGGCCGGUGGAGAUGAGUGCAGCCAGGGUGGACCGAGACGUGCAAAUCCUGAACCACAUCCUGGACGACAUCGAGUUCUUCGUCACCAAACUGCAGAAGGCCGCUGAGGCCUUUAACGAGCUCUCCAAGAGGAAGAAGGUCAAGAAGGGCAAGAAGAAAGGUCCAGGAGAGGGCGUCCUGACUCUGCGCUCCAAACCUCCCGGCGAGGACGAGUUUGUCGACUGCCUGCAGAAGUUCAAACACGCCUUCAACCAGCUGGGGAAACUGAAGGAUCACAUCCAGAACCCGAGCGCCGUGGAUCUGCUUCACUUCCUCUUCACGCCGCUCAGGAUGGUGAUCCAGGCGUCCGGCAGUGUGGAUCUGGCCCGGAGCGUCGUGGUUCCUCUGCUGACCAGUGAGGCCAUCGACUUCCUGCACGCCUCGGGGUCGGCAGAGGAGAGACACCUGUGGGUCACGCUGGGAGACGGAUGGACCAAAAGCAGGUUGGAGUGGCCGAAGGAUCAUUACUUUCCUCCCUGUGUGCUGAGGUUUCGGGACGGCUGGGAGCCUCCGGCGCUCCCGUCGGUGACUCCGUCCAGAGAACAGGAGCUGACUCAGCUGGCCGAGACUCUCGCCAACGCUGAGAUCCUGAGACAAGAGGAGCUGAAGCUCAGACUGGCCCAGGAGCAUUCGGCGGUGCAGAAGUUCCCUCCUGCAGACGGGUACGCCUUCUCCAACACCUCCUACAAACGCAUGCAGAUCCUGGAUCAGGACGCGGCCGUGGCUGCUUUUAAACAGGCCGUCAGCCGCCACGUAGACCGAAGUUUUGAUGCAGACAGCAGAGGCCAACCAAAACUGUUUGCCAAAUCUAAAUAUGACUUUGUGGGGAGAAACAACACGGAGCUGUCUGUCCUCAAAGACGAGGUCGUCGAGGUUCUUGACGACAAGAAGCAGUGGUGGAAGGUUCGUAACGGUGGCGGGGCGUCCGGCUACGUGCCAAACAACAUCCUGGAGAUCACCAAAGCAGUGGACAUCACUGGCAGAGGAGAGCCCAUCUACAGCCACACCAUACAGAAGCAGACUACGAAGACGGACUACAUCCCCAGUAAACCCGUAGCGACGCCAAUGCCUCCGGCCCCCACGCCGCCCCCUCCCGCCGCCACCAGACUCCCCACGCCGCCGCUGCCUCCUCCAGCCGCCGAGCCCCACAAGCCGAACGCCAGCAGCACAAUCAGCCGCCAGAACAGCACCACGUCCAGCGACAACGGCAGCAUCGCCAUGAGGGACCACACCAACCAGAGACCUGCACCCGUCAACCGCAGGAAAUCCAACAUGGAGGAAGUUCAGGAUGAGCUGAUGCACAGACUGACGUUGGGUCGCAGCGCUCAGAAGAAGUUUCCUCCUCCUUCCCGCAGCGGCAGCCUGCCGUCGUUCAGCAUCACUUACGAAUCGUCACCUGAUGAGGUCAAAGCCUGGUUAGAGGCCAAAGGCUUCAGCCCAGUCACCAUCACCAGCCUCGGCGUCCUGACCGGCGCUCAGCUGUUCUCUCUUAACAAAGAGGAGCUGAAGACGGUUUGUCCCGACGACGGAGCUCGAGUCUUCAGCCAGGUCACUGUUCAGAAGGCAGCGCUGGAGAAGAGUUCAGGCUCUGAGCUCCAGGAGAUCAUGAGGAGGCGGCAGGAGAAACUGGCAGCCAGCACCUGUGAUUCAGGGGUGGAGUCUUUUGACGAAGGCAGCACCCACUGAGCUCCACGUUGCUUUCCCCCCUUCCUUCCUACUUUUACUUUCAUUUUUUAUUUUUUCAAACUGCAGCCUGCUGUUUUCUCGCAGGCGGCUGCCGACCACGCAGAGUUCGUGGAGAUCAUGCGGCGCAGGCAGGAACUCCUCAGCUCGUCUCCGUAGGAAAAGCGUAAAGAACGACCAACCCCACUGACUUUUGCAGCGUCCGAAUUGUUCAAAACACAGAGGGAAUAUUCUGCCAUGUUUGCCUGAAGUUCAUGUGAACACUUUUGGGACUGGACGUAGUUUUCUUUUCUCAACCAGAAGAGUUUUGUUGGUGUUGAAAAAUGUUGAGUCAGUAGCUCAUUUUCCAAAGCAAAGCCUCUCAGUAUUAAUGUUACGGCUGGUAGGUUGUUGGCCCAGCUUGUGCCUCAUGUAUCAGGGCGUUGGAGAUGGGAGAGUUGAGCAUUGGCUUUUCUGAAAGACGCAACACUUGCUGCUAUUUCCCAAGGAUUUCCAGAAUCUUCAAAGACUCUUCGGUCCGAUCUACAAUGGAAGAAAGACUUCUAACCCGUUAGGUCUGAUGAAAGAGCCAAAACUGACAUAUCGGGUGUUUAACCUUCAUAAUGUUAUCAUGAGAAAACAACAUCCUCGUAAUCUCAAGAUAACAGCUGAUUUAACGAGCCACCAUUUUCAGAUGACAUUUGAAAAUCCAACAUAAUGCAAAAAUACAUUUAUACAUAAAAAUACCUGAUGAUAAUAAUAUAACUUUAAGAUUUUGUGUGAAUAAGAUACAAUUUAUAAUUUGUGCACAAGGCGCAUGAUGGAUAAGACAGACGGAUGGUAUCUUGAUCCCACAAGAUGAUGACUCAAGUUAUGCAUCCGCUCUUCAGUUGGCGUCCUCCUCCAGGCGCCUUCUCCUUGUCCAGCCUCCAUGUGACGAGUUGCUUGAACCUGUUCGUCCGGAACCACAUCUGCUUCCUCGUCUGGUUCAUCCACCAGCAGCUCGGUGGUCCUGCGUGUCGCCUGAGGCCUUCAGUCCUUUCAGUUAUCUGGACGAAGGCCGGAUGAUGAUCAGUCAUCCUCAUCCCAUUGAUCCCAUCAGCAGAGUGACGAGGAGUCCGUUGUGCGCUUCGUGGCGUUACUUUAUAAAUAAGUAAUUUUACUUUACAUAGUGUUUCUAGUGUCAAGAUCUUUCAGGACUUUUGGUGGGAACUGGAGAGUGUUUGAGGAUUCUGAAAAUGGCUUUAAAACUGAGGCGAGAUGCAAAUGUUGAACUCUGUGACUUGAAUGUAAUGAAAGUAAACAAGAGGCACAAACUGGGGCUGGUAGUUAAAAUAACUGACGGGUCGAUGGUGUGUGUCUUGUGUAGAAAACAAAAGAAAUUAAGUGAAUGUUGACUGAAUAUAUUGUUCUAUGAAAUACAAGAAUAGACUUAUAGACUGUAUAUUUAAGAUUGUUUUGGCCAAGAGAGUUAAGAUAUUCAUAGUAAGUAAUCUUUUUAUUUUAUGGUUAAAUAGAGAACUUAAUAUAAUGGGUAAUAGAACUGAUCAACUGAAAAAGCAAAAGAAGAUAAAAUCCUUUUCUCGAAAUGGACAAUAACUUUAUAAUGUCUAAUUUAUGAGCGUCAUGUGAUUUAGAGUUAGAGACAGAUUUCUUCAGAUGUUAUUAGUUGUGGCGAUCAGCGUUUUUUGCACAGUAAUAAAAACGCAAUGUGUUUCUCUGCUGGAGGUGAGCGACGAGUCAAACCUUUAAAUGAUUCAGAAUCGCACUUUGAUUCAUUUUCUAUUCAGUCAGCAAAAAUCAGUUUCCACCGACUUUGCAUCAAACGUCGUCUAAACACUGAAAUGAAUGUAGUCUGCUGACUUGGCGACGCUCCCACUUUAAACAGGAUGAAUGUGUUUCCUUUAGGCUCCGCCCACAGCAACAGGUAGCCUCAGGUGUCCCGUUGGUCGCCUUACAUCAUCACGUGUUGAUAAAAACAUUUGCUGUGCAGAGCGACAGGAAGCUUAAUGCUAACGGUUUGUUGUUUAAGUCCGUUAACAAGAUCUUAUUUAACGACUAAACGAUAGACAAUCUUAAAUUACGUGCAACAGUUUUAAACUACUUCAUUAGGUGAAAAAACAUUUAUACAAACCAGGUAAAAAUCAAGCGUACUCAGAGUCACAAGAGCUCGUAUUUUCAACAUUCUUCCUGUUAUUCAUUUUCUGAGCCGCUCAGCGACUGAAAUGUCAGAUUGACAGGGAAACCUAAACCGACUUGUUGUUGGGUGAAACUUUAUUGCACACAUUUUUUAACAUUGUGAUUUGGAUUUGGACCAAGUGUGGAACAAAGUUUAGUCCGGGCAAAACCAAAAAGGUUAUUCGUCUUUUCCUUUUAACUUAAUAAACCGGAACGCUUUUGGUUUCCGUUACAUGUUCAUAGAAGUAUGUGCUUAUGAUGAAGUAUAACACGUUGAUGCCGUCGUCGCUUCAGUAUGUUGAACAAUGGGACAAAAUAGUAAAAAUUGUUAAAUAGUUGCAUCAGUUGCAGAGAAUCAGGUCUUUAUUUCUAGUUUUCGCUGCUCUCCAAGUACAAUAAACUGUGUUUACCUGUUAAUACAUUUGGCAUAAUGAAUAGUUCCACUAAUCCCUCUACUUUGCAGUUUCUUUUGAUCACUAUGAAGCGAUCACUAAUCGAAUAAAGAAAGAUAAACAUAGUUGAUCGAGGAACCUUGGGUUUUAUUAUGACAGACAGAGAAAGUCUAAUUCAGCUCAGCUGUCAUUGAGGUAACUUAACAGCAGCUAAAAAAAGAUUUAUUAAUAUAGAGAGAAGUUGCAUUAUAAAAUGUUUAGUUUGCUGUCUUCUGGUUGCCUGCUAUAGAAAAACUAAACAACCAGACAUGAUCAUUUUGUUCUGUACACUACAUUAUAUUUAAAGUAAUUCUAUCACUCUAAUCCAUUAUUCAAAUACUGGCUUUUAUUUGAGAAUUUACAGAAAACUCUUCAUCUGUAAAGGUUCUCCUGCAAAGAUCAGCAACCAAAAUCUGUUUUGAAGUUUGUGAAAACUUUCAGUAGGUAAAAAAUUAUUUCUACACCAACACAAACUAAAUAUGCCACCUGAUCAUCCACUAGCCGGAUGAAAUAUUAUAUAUAAAAUAUAAAUGUGUAUGUAUACUGUAUGCUUGCAUAAAGAUGUCAAAAUCAGCCAGUACAUUCUCACUGUGGCAUUGAUUGUAUUGACUAUUGUUUUCCAAUUCAGCACUUACGUUUCUCAGGCCAUUUUCUUGGCCAGUAAAACGGAAGUAAACGGUGUGAAGGGUAAAAAUGAAUGAAAAGGUCUGAACUGUAGCACAACACUGUAAUUACACUAAUGAUUAAUGCUCAGUAGUUCACUGUUAAUAAGUUUCUGUAUUUAGUGAACUGUCCUUGUACCCAAACAGUUCUAGAAGCCAAUCAGAAAGAAAUGUUAGUGAGAAUUUACUACGAAAUGCAUUUGUACGUGUAUAGUUUUCAUGGUGCCUUUUCCAUACGAAUCUGCUCAUAAUGCAAUAAAACAUUUACAAAAAUAAA